CGAAGAGGAAUGGCAUCUGAUGCGGUUCUUUCUUCCGCUUCACUCGUCUGUUUCGUUCUUAGCAUAACUGAUGUUCGUUUGACUAAACCAGCAAUUCCUCGUUUCCUAUCCUUUACACCACCCCCCCCCCCCACAGAAGGAUGCAUGGUAUGAAGAUACCUAGAUAACGAUCUGGGUAGGUUUUACUUUUCAAUUCUAUAAUCUAGAUUGCUCGGUUUUUCGGUGGAGAAUUUUUGCUCUUCGGAGCUGUUAAUGUCUUAUGGAGCUUCUUUCUCCUCCAUUGAUGGUGGGCGUUACAACUCUCAUCUGAGAGGGUCCUUUGCUUUAGAACGCAAAAAUUGGAAAUCCCACCCGAGAUUCUUCACCAGAUUGCUCUCUAGCAAGUACUUUAUUCAAAUCUACAAUGAAGUGUCAUCCAAGAACCCGAUGGUGUUGGUAGAGGUAAUUAAAUCCUUCUAUACCAAAUCCAGUUUUAUCUGUGUAGAUAGACUAAUGGGUGUCUCCGAGUUUUCUCUGGAUUUCUUGAAUGAUAGAGUGAAAGUUAGAGCUUCUUGUAAUGGAUUAUUGUGUUGCGCUAGCAUACCCAAUAAGGGUGUAUAUUACGUCUGCAAUCCAAUGACUCGAGAGUACAAGCUUCUCCCCAGGACCAGAGAAAGGCCCAUGACUCGGUUCCAUCCUGACGAUGAAGCUACCCUUGUAGGUUUGGCGUUUAAUGUAACCACCAUGAAAUUUAACGUCGUCUUAGCUGGUUUUUACCGUCCUUUCGGACGUAGGCCGCUUGAUUCUUUCAUCAGCCUUGUUUUUGAUUCGGAGACCAACACAUGGAGGAGAUCUGUUUCUUCAAGAUCUGAUGAAUUCACUCAUAUGAACAAGAACCAAGUUGUAUUCGCUAGUGGGUCUCUCCACUGGUUGACGUCCAGCUGCUUGUAUAUCCUUGUGCUUGAUUUGGAUAAUGAGUUAUGGGGGAAGAUCCCAUUGCCAGCUGAAGUAAUCGGUCAAGGUGAGGGUGGAAGUAGAGUUCAUUUGUUGGAGUUGGGUGGUUCCUUGUCUGUAAUUCAGAUUUCAGAAGCUUGGAUGAGUAUAUGGGUUUUGAAGAACUAUGAGAGAGAGGAAUGGUGUAUGGUGGACAAAGUGAGUCUCAGAUGUAUAAAAGGACUUGUGGCCAGUGUUUUCCCGAUUAGUCAGACCGAGGAAUUCAUGUUAAUGGCGACUCAGAAACAGAUCUUGUUAUACCACAGAAAUAGCAGAGUUUGGAAGGAGAUGUAUUCUGUGAAGAAUGCUUAUACUUAUCCUUUGUGGUUCUCAGCCCAUGCUUUCCAGAGCACACUUUUCUCUUGUCAUAAAGGUGAAGAAUAGUCUUGAAGAUCUUGUAAAUUUUCCUUCACAUUGGAAAUAGUCUUGACACUUUUCUCAGCCCAUUGCUUUCACCUACUGUAAAUUUCAUUACUUAUGUUGUGUCCUAUUUUUCAAUGUUCAUCUUGUGCAUAACAUAAGUGUCUUGGAUUUCUGGUGCUAUAGUUGGAGAUUUGCCUUUGGUACAAGGUCUUCUCUUUUGGUGAGAAUGAAUGAGCAUUGCGAUCUAA